UUUAUCAAAUAUCUCAUCAGCCAUCAAAGAUGAGUACGCUAGAUUUUUUGAUAAAUUAAGUAAAGGGUUUAUCACCUGUGGAGGAAUCUUAUCCAGUUCAGAUCAGAAGCUGGAUUGGUGUGGAAGAUCCCAAUUACCCAAAUUAAAUCCAUUGUCCAUCGAUCACUGGUGUUACAACCUUCAUAAUUCAUCAAUUUUACAACAAGAGAAGAUGAGGCCAGCCAAAGACACUGCUGGAAGGCGAGCUCGUCCCUCUUCUCCAUCCAGAUCUGCUCGAACUACUACCACCUUCCCCUCUGGGCCUCACUCUUCUCGACCCAGGUCUCGUCAAUCUACAAUCGCCCACUCGGCCUCCCUCCUCGACAGCGAGCUCGUCACUCAAGAAGACAAUGUCACUCUGUUUGAAGACCUCCGAAUCUUCCCGGAGCACGCAAAUUCAAACCCUGAACCGAGGAGCUUUCCAUACGGCGUGAAGCAGCAAUGCUGGGAGAAGGCGGAGAAAGUCAAGGGCCGAGACCCAGACCGGUGGCGCCGCGACCCCCUUGGUAAUAUUGUCUUUAGAAAGCUUGUGGGUUGUCCCGGUUGCUUGUGUCACGAUUACGAUCACAUUGUGCCUUACUCUAAGGGGGGCAAAAGCACACUGGAAAAUUGCCAGGUUUUGCAGGCAACAGUUAACCGAUCAAAGGGAAACAAAACUGAGCUGUCAAGAGCUGAUCUUAUUCAGAAAAGUUCCUAUUGCCGUGUUUCUGGACGUGACAUGGAUCUUAUUGAGCUGUCAGCCUAUGGCAAUGUGCAGCAUGUACAGGACCCGGGAGGUUGUAGAAUUCAAUGAACAACUGGCUACUGUAAAAACUGAUGUCAAGAUGGGGCAAAGAAUUUGUAUUUCUAAUCAUACAAUUAAUGAUACCUUUAUCUUCGUUGUAUACAGAAGCUUCUUACUCAAUACUUUUGGGAUACUGUUCAUGCUUA